AUGACCACGCAAACCACCGACUCUUUGUGUCCACUCGUCUCAAAGGCAACACCGGAGUCAUCGGUCCGCCAGACAUACGCCGUGUCGUCUUCGCCGCCACUCACGGCAUACCUCCGGUCACUACUCAGAGCACAACUGAGAACAGCCUUCUUAUGGCCGUUGAAUCCAUGGAUGGAGUCGUCCACUAAAUCGCCGCCAAUAGCGUCGCCGUCUUCUUCAUCAUCGCUGCUGCGGUCCAAUGUCACUACUUUAGAUCUGAAGAAUCUCUUCAAUAAUGUCCUGAACCACGAAAAUUGGGUUCCCGUCAAAAAGCCCGACAGUCUUAUCGAGUAUUAUAAUGAAUACGGAAGUGAUUUGAAGAAAAAUCGACGCAGAGGUCGGGGAGACGAUGACGACGGCGAGGAAGAGUACACUAACUUCUCAUUUGUCAACUCUUCGGCUCUGAAGAUGGCGUCUGAAAUAAUGGGCACGUGUUAUAUAUUCGAUGAAAAGCUUAGUGUCGAAGAGAGGCUGGAGUGCACUAAAUCUCAUCUGACUUUCAUUUACGAAGACAUCGAGUGUCUGGAAGAUCCCAAUUGUGUUAUACCACGAAAAGAGUGUUCGCGCGGCAAAUGUGGUCCCCGAAAUAUGGGCUCAUGUCUCAUAAAUUAUGUGACCAGAAAUGACUCCCAAUUGUUAGUCGGAUGCGAUAACAAGAAUAAUGAGAUUUGGGAUUACUAUGAGAUCAUCAACGACUCUGAGUGUCCGCACGAGAAGCCAAAGCCCUCACCAAAUGAGGACACGUGCGCUAAUGUGCCCGGAAUUUGUAAGAACGGAGGAUUCUGUGAACCCAUUCAAAACGAUCCGCCGCACCAGUCCUUUACAUACGGCUGUCAGACUUAUAGAAACGGAUGUCUAAACACUAGUGUAUUGGUUUGGUCUGUGGCUGAGAAUAACGGCGAUUGUUUGGAUAUGUGUUUGAAUGAGAAGGACUGCAAAUCUAUCAGUUAUAGCGGAACUUCUGGCACUUGUAUUCUUCAUUGGGGGGACUUAUCAUCUGAGACCAUAAUACCGGCGCCUCAUUGUCCCUCUUAUCGGUCAGAUAUUACCGAUAAGGAGUGGACUUAUCACGAAAUAAUUUGCGACACAAAGACAUGUCAUUCAUCCAUUGAGGUGAUUGAGUCGAAGGACAAGAGAGGCUGUGCGUCUAAUCCUUGUCUAAACGGUGGCGAAUGCGCCGAUAUUUUCCAAAGAGGAAAACUUCUUGGAUUUCAUUGUCUCUGCAAAUGUGGUUAUUGUGGCGAUCGAUGCGAAUCACUUACCUUAUGGGCUGCUAAAUCGGUACCAUUGAGCACAUGCUUUAACGUAUGCGCUGCCAAAUACCCCAUUUGCCGAUCCGUCGAUUAUAGUAACAAAGGAGAGUGUCUUCUCAACAAUAGCGAAGGCGUCCUGACUCGGCAGAGGUUGACUGCCGCCGUAUAUGACAAUCGGCCCGUCGUCGUCGUCCUCUCCAAACACAACACUUCUCUGAUACUAACAGUUAAAGCAAACGUCAAAAUGAAAUACUCGAUUGAUUUGGGACACAGUGUUAACACCGGAGAGAGGAAAGGCGGCGGGGGUUCGGGCCUCGGAAUUGCCGCUCGCAAACUGAGGCAAAUGCGAUAG